AUGACCGGCUGUCUUGCAUGGUUUCCAGCUGUCAAGCUUAAGGUUCCAGAUCAUACAACAGGAAGCGACAUCUCGAAAGUCAAGCUCGUGUACUGCUGGUCCAAUGUCCUGACCAUUCUCGACGUCGAUGAGAUUCCCUCGGACAACAAGGACAAACCACCAGCUCUCAUGUUUAAGUCGCGGAACCGGUGGAAGUGCGAAGAGGCAAUUGUUGCUGUUCAGUGGCUCAGUCGCUCCGUUCUCACAGUCCUCACCAUCACUCAACAACUCAUCGUACUGGAGGAUCGAAGCAUGCGUAUGACUGAUGGCUUCGAUCUCAUUCAUAAGUACAUCUACCACGUCGACCUUUUCUCCAAGCAGCUUCACUCCCUGGUAGAGCAGCACGACGAAGGAGACACCUCGAUGCAUGGCGUGGUCGCAGAUGCGUUUUACAUGAGCUUCAAAGCAUACAAAGGACGUCUCUUCCUGCUUGGGUUCAAUGACGUUUCCAUCGGGUCUUUAUCGAAUUGGGCGGACCGACUGAUUGCUCUCAUGGAGAAAGGCGACUACAUUGCUGCCAUACGCCUUGCAACCUCGUAUUACACGGGCGACGCUGAGAAGCUGACAGUCGGCCUCCCAGAAGACACAGUUCUUCGACAUUCGAUGGUGCAUGAUAAGUUGAUGGAGAUCAUGAGCGCAUCGCUGAAGUACGCCUUUAGCCAGCGACAGAAAGAUCCUAUGGUGGUAGAUGAAACUCACCUGCAGGAGUUGGCCGAAAUUUGCUUCGUGGCUUGCCAAAGCGUAGGUGAUCUUGACUUUCUCUUUGACGAGAUGUACGAGUGGUACGAAGACGCCGGUGUAGAAGGCAUUUUUCUCGAAACACUUGAGCCACAUAUCCUCGAAAGGACUAUCACUAUUGCCCCCCCCGGCGUCAUCAAGUCGAUGGUGACCUAUUUCGUAACCAGAGGAUGGGAAAGUCGUCUCGAGGAGAUGAUCGUCCACAUGGAAACUACCACACUGGAUCUCGACCAAGUCACUCUUCUCUGCAAACAGCACAGGCUCUAUGACGCUCUAAUAUACGUGUGGAAUCAAGCUCUCGGCGACCAUAUCACACCUCUCGUCGACCUUCUGAGUCUGUUGGUGCCCCUCAUGGGCAAUGGCGAAUAUCCAUCCUCUGAUGACAUGGACGAUCAAUACAGCGCCGACGCUGUCAAGAUGUUCCCCUAUCUCUCAUACACCCUAACCGGGAGGGUCUAUCCGACGGGGGAGUACUUGGACGAUACAGCAGGACCAAAGGCGAAAGCUGAGCUCUACUGGUUCCUAUUUUCGGGCAACAGCGUUAUAUGGCCCAGAGGGAGCAAACGCCGAUUUCUUACAAGACCGUCCCAAGCCAGUGAGCCCUCUUUCCCCUACCUUCGACUCAUCCUCAAAUUCGAUGCGCCGAGUUUCUUGAGUGCCCUCAACGAAGCGUUUGAGGACUCAUAUUUGAACAACUCACCGGAGAAACACACCGGAACCGUUGACGGGGAUAUGCCUGAAGAGCAGAUCUUUGGGAUGACUGUGGAUCGGCAAUACAUCGUGUCCAUCCUUCUCGAGAUUAUGAACCCUGGCGACUUUGCCCCCGAAGACACCAUCUACCUUGACAUGUUCAUCGCCCGGAACUUGCCUAAGUUUCCCCAAUAUCUGCUUUUCCCUGGAUCCACCCUGAGGAGAAUCCUCACAGGUCUCUGCAACUACCCUGGAGAGGAUCUCGCCGAAGAUGCUCAGCUCAGCGCCGAGUACCUAUUGUCAGUCUAUCACCCUCCAGACACCAACAAUCUGUUGCCAAUCUUCAAGAAAGCCGGUUUCUAUCGUAUCUUGAAACAACAGUACAAGGCGGAUAGGGAAUAUGGCAUGCUGGUUCAGACUCAUUUUGAAGACCAUGAUGAACGACAUGCAGUCUUUGACUGCAUCAGCGAGUGUUUUUCGGGCCGCAUAGUGCCCUGGAACACUAAAACAAUUGCAAGACGUCGAAGAUGUGAUCCGUGGAGCAUGCUCGAGACCUCAUCGAGCUUGACCCCCGAGGAACUCUGCAAGGUCAACUCGCAGCCAGUCUUCUGA